GUCCUCGGUGCGCCGCCAUUUUAAGGUCCGGUUUGGAGCUCCCAGGUUUCGGAGCCAAUCUCAGUCCGGAGAACCCGAACGGCCGGUUCUGCUGGUUUAACCCGCUUCACACGGCUGUUCGGCGCUUCUGUUAACCUGUAGAAACGGAUUAUCUGUUUAGCGUUCGAUUUGGGAAUAGUUUGGACUGAGGGCUUGGCAGUGCAAUGGCUACCCAGUCUGAUCUGAUGGAACUGGACAUGGCUAUGGAGCAGGACCGGAAGGCUGCGGUCAGUCACUGGCAGCAGCAGUCCUAUCUGGACUCAGGUAUCCACUCUGGGGCCACCACCACCGCACCUUCGCUUUCUGGCAAGGGCAACCCAGAGGAGGAAGAUUUGGACAACCAGGUGCUGUAUGAGUGGGAGCAAGGCUUCAGCCAGCCCUUCACCCCUGAGCAGGUGGCAGAUAUGGACGGUCAGUAUGCUAUGACACGUGCCCAGCGUGUGCGUGCUGCCAUGUUCCCCGAGACCCUGGACGAGGGCAUGCAGAUUCCCUCCACGCAGUUUGACUCCGCCAACCCUACCAACGUUCAGCGACUGGCCGAGCCCUCACAGAUGCUCAAACAUGCAGUGGUCAACCUCAUCAACUACCAGGAUGAUGCUGAACUGGCCACCAGAGCCAUCCCAGAGCUCACCAAGCUCCUCAAUGAUGAAGACCAGGUGGUGGUGAACAAGGCAUCUGUGAUGGUGCACCAGCUCUCGAAGAAGGAGGCUUCACGCCACGCCAUCAUGCGCUCUCCGCAGAUGGUAUCAGCCAUCGUCAGGACCAUGCAGAACACCAGCGACGUGGAGACUGCCCGCUGCACAGCCGGAACGUUGCACAACCUGUCCCACCACAGAGAGGGCCUGCUUGCCAUCUUCAAAUCCGGGGGCAUCCCUGCCCUUGUCAAGAUGCUAGGGUCUCCGGUGGACAGCGUUCUGUUCUAUGCGAUCACAACUCUGCACAACCUUCUUCUGCAUCAAGAGGGGGCUAAGAUGGCUGUCCGGCUGGCUGGUGGUUUGCAGAAGAUGGUUGCCCUUCUGAACAAGACCAACGUCAAAUUCCUUGCUAUCACCACAGACUGCCUUCAGAUUCUGGCUUAUGGCAACCAAGAGAGCAAGUUGAUAAUCCUGGCGAGUGGUGGCCCCCAGGCCUUGGUGAACAUCAUGAGGACCUACACAUACGAGAAGCUGCUGUGGACCACCAGUCGUGUGCUCAAAGUGCUGUCCGUCUGCUCCAGUAACAAACCCGCCAUCGUGGAGGCUGGAGGAAUGCAGGCUCUGGGGCUGCACUUGACGGAUCCUAGCCAGCGUCUCGUACAGAACUGCCUCUGGACCCUCAGAAACUUAUCAGAUGCUGCCACGAAGCAGGAGGGUAUGGAGGGUCUGCUGGGCACCCUGGUGCAGCUUCUCGGCUCAGACGACAUAAAUGUAGUGACCUGUGCUGCCGGCAUCCUGUCCAACCUCACCUGCAACAACUACAAGAACAAGAUGAUGGUUUGCCAAGUGGGUGGAAUCGAGGCGCUGGUUCGUACAGUGCUAAGAGCUGGAGACAGGGAGGACAUCACCGAGCCUGCUGUCUGUGCUCUCCGCCACCUCACUUCCAGACACCAGGAUGCAGAGAUGGCCCAGAAUGCUGUGCGCCUGCACUACGGCCUCCCUGUGGUGGUGAAACUGCUGCAUCCCCCCUCACACUGGCCUCUCAUUAAGGCCACAGUCGGUCUGAUCCGUAACCUGGCACUGUGUCCUGCCAAUCACGCUCCUCUGCGCGAGCAGGGUGCCAUCCCGCGAUUGGUCCAGCUGCUGGUGAGGGCGCACCAGGACACCCAGAGACGCACCUCAAUGGGAGGCACCCAGCAGCAGUUUGUGGAAGGUGUCCGGAUGGAGGAGAUUGUGGAGGGCUGUACUGGAGCACUGCACAUUCUGGCCAGAGAUGUGCACAACAGAAUCGUUAUCAGAGGACUCAACACCAUCCCUCUGUUUGUACAGUUGCUGUACUCGCCGAUUGAAAACAUCCAGCGUGUGGCGGCAGGCGUCCUGUGUGAACUGGCACAGGAUAAGGAAGCAGCCGAGGCGAUUGAGGCAGAGGGUGCCACUGCACCCCUCACAGAACUGCUGCACUCCAGGAACGAGGGAGUGGCUACAUACGCGGCAGCAGUGCUGUUCCGCAUGUCGGAGGACAAACCUCAGGACUACAAGAAGCGUCUGUCUGUGGAACUGACCAGCUCCCUGUUCAGAACAGAACCCAUGGCCUGGAAUGAGACGGGAGAGAUGGGUCUAGAUUUGGGAGCACAGGGAGAACCGGUUGGAUACAGAGCAGAUGACCCCAGUUAUCGUUCUUUCCACUCUGGUUAUGGUCAGGAUGGACUCGGGAUGGACGGCAUGCUGGAGCACGAGCUGACUGGUCACCACCCCGGAGCAGAGUACCCCGUAGAGGGGUUGCCUGACCUCGGCCACGCACAGGACCUGAUGGACGGCCUUCCUCCCACAGACUCCAAUCAACUGGCCUGGUUCGACACGGACCUCUAAACGCUCUGUCUGGAAUGGUGAAGCUGAGCUGUCUGAAUGGAUCUGCAUGGUGAUUUUUGCCUGAGGAGUGAUGGGAAGUUUGCAGAGGUGGGGGGGGGGGUUGGGGAGCAAAUCGGAAAGUGCCUGACACGACACACACAAGCACGCACACACACACACACACACACACACUCACGCACAGUUGUUGGGGAAGAGAGGGGGUUUCUAUGUCGAGGAAGAGGAACGGGAGCCGACCCCUUUUCUUUUUGUUGUCCUCCCUCUUCUUCCAAACUUUUUCUGUUUUCCUGCCCUGGACGGAGGAAGGAAGUGUGGAGGGAUUUCAGGAGCGGCUGCUCUAAGAACGCGCCAGAGGAAGGUGUAAAGAUGGAACUAUAAACUUUUUUUUUUUUUUUAGCUUUGUUUUUAUUUCACUUUCUUUUAAUUUACUUUUUUAUUAUUGUUUUAUAAGAUCAUCAGUCUUUAAGGUACUGACCGCUAGCUUGGUUUGAGCUCUAGUCUGUAUUCAUUAACCUCACGGUUUCUGUUUCUGCAGUAAACUUGUAUUCCAUUUUUAAUGUCUUCUGUAGUGUUAAGUUCUAGUGGAGUUUCUCAUCGGUUUCUGAACCUUUCUCACGUAAACGGUGUCGAACACUAAUAACGGUUCUUAUGUAAUCUGACAGUGUAACAAUGUGUAGCUUUUUUGUUUUCCUUUUUUUAUACGAUCAGCUGUUCAGAUGGGGAAGAAAUAUAUGCAUUCUUAUUAAAAUAUGUUAAACCAA